UGUUCCUCCAAUAGGGAAGGGGCAGACGGAGAGGAGUCACUUCCUGGAGACUUCAGGUGUGGUAGCCGGCGCCUUGCUCAUAACCAGACAGGGAUCUGAAGCUGGCAGGAUGAAUGUGGGGGUGGCACACAGCGAAGUAAACCCCAACACUCGAGUGAUGAAUAGCCGAGGCAUCUGGCUGGCCUACAUCAUCUUGGUAGGACUGCUACAUGUGGUUCUACUCAGCAUCCCUUUCUUCAGCAUUCCUGUUGUCUGGACCCUGACCAACGUCAUCCACAACCUGGCUAUGUAUAUCUUUCUUCAUAUGGUGAAAGGGACACCCUUUGAGACUCCUGACCAAGGAAAGGCUCGGCUACUGACACACUGGGAACAAAUGGACUAUGGGCUCCAGUUUACCUCUUCUCGCAAGUUCCUGAGCAUCUCUCCUAUUGUGCUCUAUCUCCUGGCCAGCUUCUAUACCAAGUAUGAUGUUGCACACUUCCUCAUCAACACAGCCUCAUUGCUCAGUGUUCUGCUGCCAAAGUUGCCCCAGUUCCAUGGGGUUCGUGUCUUCGGCAUCAAUAAAUACUGAGGGAUGGGUUUUGGGACAGCUCCAUGGGCAUGGGGAAGGCACUGAAACAGAGGACUAUAAAAAAUCUUUCUCUUCUCCAUACCAUCUUCUACAUCUUGAAAGCCUGAGAACUAUGCAACCUUUCCCAGACUCCCAAGAAAAGAAGAGAUUGGCAAAUGGGGAUCCUAGGCCCAGUCCUGCUAGCGGCAAGUUUCUUUACCCGGUGAGGUAAGGGCCAGAUCACUCUACUCCAUAGCAGGAAGCCAUUUGGGCAGCCUGUUUGGUGAUUACAUCUUUCCAUAUCUUCUACACCUACCACCUUCCAGCUCUGUUUUGCUGCGUAUUUUUCUUCUAAUAAUUUUUUUUAGCUAUGGCUGCAGUUUAAUCAGCAGGAAGGGUAGAGAACUGUCCUCAUAAGGCUGGCAGGGGUGGGGGAAGAUGGAAUACUGACCUAAUGUAAAAAACUUAAAGCAAU